CAUUGGAUCCCUCUCCAAAUUUUCGUUCCAAGUGUUUAACGUUAUCAGUUUUGGUGCAGCUGUUACCAACAAAUAGGACGUAAGACAUCUCAAACACGAAACGCAUGACGCAGCAGAAUUAUCAGCAUAAGUGCGUCGUUAAUGUAUGCAUUUUAUUUGCAUCGCUAUUUGCUUAUCACUAUCGUACGAUUGGUAAGCUGUUUAUCGCGACGGUUCUAUCCGCAGCAUUGUAAACAUCCGCAUGUAGUGCUGCGCGGGUGAAGAGUGAAAGAUAAGAAGGACGAGGUACGAAAUAAAUAUGCCUCCUCGAUUGAGCAAGUUUUCAAUUUCGGCAACAUGUAUUGACUAUGUUCAUCCCUGGACGAAUUCAUGUGUCAGCGCGACGGCUGGUCUGGGACUCCACGCCUUGCAAGAAUCAUUAAGGAUUUAUACUACCGUCUAUUUAGUAACUUUGUUGAUGAAAGGAAGGAUUCCUUCAAAAGAUGACAUCAGGCGAACUGUGUUCGGGGUGCUUCAAUCGACAGCUUUUUUGUCAUGGAGCGCGUUUUCUUACUCUAUUUUCCUUUGUUUACUAAGACGGGCAUCUGGAAACUUCAACAUUCUGACAGUAUCCUUCCUGCCAUCUUUUUUGUCCAGCCUCGCAGCCAUUGUGAUAGAAAGGCCAUCACGGCGUACACUGCUGUGUUUAUACGUAUCAAACAUCGCUACCGAAACGUUGUUCAGAGCAGGUGUAUGGAGGGGCUACUUCUCGGUGAUUCCACGUGGUGAAGUGUACAUUUUUGCUGUUAGUAUAGCAAUGAUACUUUACUAUUUUCGCAGUGAGAUAGACCAACAGGAUUCCAUAUUUAAAAUCCUCCAAUUUGUCAUCGGGCCAUAUGAGAGGUAUAACUGCAAUGAAAUCAGAAACGAGCCACAUACUUCAGCUCCGGAAUGUUUACAAAAACAUAGAAUAACCAAUAAAUCCAAGAAUCAAAUGCUUAAUGCUUUCCACCGUGGCCUCGACGUGUAUAAACAUGUCAUUGACAGACUUAAAACUUGGCAGAAACAUCUAUCGUGCCCACAUCCUUUCGGUUGUGCUCAUUACGUAAUAUCGGGAGGCACUAAACUGUUCGGAAUUGGAACUGGGGUUCAAUUGGCAAUAAAAUUGGUUUUGCAGUGGAAAAAAAUAUUCAGUAGACCAAAAAUUGCUAAACAGAUAAUAUUUCGGAGAGAAAAUUUGUACCUGGGAAUGUUUAUCGGAGGAUUUACCGGAAUAUACAGAAUGCUGUCCUGUGGGUUGAGGAGAGCUUUUGGAAAAGAUUCACGCUACUAUGCUAUACCAGCUGGUAUCGCGGCGAGUGUUGCUUUCACAAUGUAUCCAGAUAAUACAAUCGCUCUGUACGUAAUGUGGAAAGCGUUACAGAUACUUUGGAAUAGUGGGGUAGCCAGUGGAAAACUACCGGAGGUCAAGUGGUUCAUAAUAGUACUCUAUUGCUUUAGUACAGCGAUUCUUUUUCAUGCUGCAAUUAUUGAGCCACAAAAUCUGAGAUCCUCGUACUGGAAAUUCCUACACAACUUAUCUGGCGGAAGAAUAGCUACAAUGGCCAGAAAACCGUUGGAUGAGUUUGGUUUAGGAACAAGUGCUUCUCUGGCAGAAGUACUCAGAAAAACCCAAACAACCGACCAGAUCUCUUAUUCGUUUUAACAUGAAGUAAAUGUACCAUGUGCAUUAUAACGAAAAAAGAAAGGUGUUUAUCACGAGCACGACAACCCUAUGAGGGUUAUAUUUGCUUAUAUUCAAUGCAUGUUGGACAUUUUUCUUACUGUAGGAACAUUUGCACGUUCCUAAAUGGUAGAAUUUUUCUACAAUGUAUCAUAAUUUGGUUUAGGUAGGCGCGAAGACAAAACUAUGACAGUUAUCAAAUUGUGACUAAUUGUAUGAAUAUUAAAUCAUGAUAUUAUUGGUAAAAUAGAAUUAUCUGUAAUGAGCAGAUAACGAGAAAAUUGGUUGAAUAAAAUCCAAAAUUAUUAUUGGGUGGACAGAGAAAAGAAGUUUAUUAUCGAAGGAAAGGGGAGUG